AUGAGUGGUGAAGAUGAUAUGGAAACCGGUUCGGAGAAUGAGGCAACCAACCGGCCAGGUGGAUCAACUUCAGUAGGUGCACCAGGUGGGGGAGAGGAAAGUAAUGAUGAAGAGUUUGAUAAGAUUUUGGAAGGUGACGGGGGUGAUGAAGACGAUGAUGGCAAGUUUCUGGCAUUUCCUUCACAUUGA